AUGGCACCACCGAUGCGAGCGCGGCCUUUGCGCAAGGAUCUGUUGCCCACCGCAUUCAAAAACUCCAAGGCGCAGGUUCUCUCCGAAACUGCCGGCGGCCGCGCGACCACUACACUUGCGCCUAACAUACGCUCGAUCUCGUGGUCCCCAACCGGAGCGCUUUUGGCCGGCAGUACAAGCGUGAACAUUCGCGUAUGGAAUCCCGAGCGACCCGAGCUCCGCGCGAGCACUGAGUUGCGGGAUAGCGCAAAGGGAGGAGCUCAUGGGAAACUGGUCGAGAGAAUAACCUUCAACCCAUGCGUGGAAGGAUUGCUUGCAUCGACAGGUGUCGAUGGCAUGGUGAAGGUCUGGGAUGUUCGCAUGCCAGGGAGCGCAGCCGCAGCAGCAAGUGGAAGUGCCGCAGCAGGAGCAAGAGGUGGAACGACAGGCAAGGCGGGAGAGUAUAAAUUGGGGGAUGAGGGCCUCUUCCUUACGUGGCAUCCGGAUGGGACACAAUUGCUAGUUGGUCGUCGAGACGAUGUCGUGCAUGCGGUGGAUAUUCGCAGAUCAAAUUUGCCGCUGCUCGAUAUCACAAACACUGCAGGAGGCAAUUUUGCUUCUUCCGCCGCUCUGAAAUAUGAUUUGAUCGACACCGAUCGCACGCCAGUGAAGGAGCACGGCAACUUCAACAUGAUGUCCUUCUCUAACUCUGGCCGUCAAUUGUUUGCGACUACGCACGAUGGCCCAGUAGUGGUUUUUGACUACCCUUCCAUGCAGCCUAUCUACACAAUCAAAGCCCACACCCGAGAUACAUACGCUGUGCAGCAAUCUCCACUUGGGAAUUAUGUGGCAAUUGGUGCCAGCGACAGCAUGAUCACUCUGUGGGACACGGAGACAUGGCUCUGCGAGCAUUCACUGAUGCAUCAUACUUCCUCAGUCAGGGACUUGAGUUUCAGCUUCGAUGGUGCUUAUCUGGUGGCUGGCGCUGGCCAGGAUGGAUCCAAGGAUGGCGACAAAGGCAUGGCUAUCUAUCACGUCGAUACCGGUGAUCUCGUCCACACCGUGGACACUGUCAACCCUGUGACAUGGGCAUCAUGGCAUCCGCACAGAUACGCAAUCGCUCAUGCUGGUGAUCCGGGCGGGCUGAAGAUUGUUGGACCAUUCGGCAAUGCGUGA